UUGCGACACACGACCAGCCUCGCGGAUACCACGGGCAAGAUGAAGAAUCAGAUCUGGUCGAGCGUAGUGACGAUUGUGCUCGUCGAGGGUAAGAACCUGCUACCGAUGGACGCCAACGGCCUGUCUGACCCCUACGUGAAGUUCCGCCUGAGCAACGAGAAGUACAAGAGUAAGGUGGCCUUCAAGACUUUGAAUCCAAACUGGUUGGAGCAGUUUGAUUUGCAUAUGUUUGACGAUCAGAGUAAGCAGUUGGAAAUGACCAUCUGGGAUAAAGAUAUUCGCAGUAAAGAUGAUUUUAUGGGUCGAUGUACGAUCGACCUUGCGCAACUGCCGCGAGAGAGGACGCACGCAAUCUGGCAGGACCUGGAGGAUGGAGCCGGCAGCAUCCAUCUGCUUCUGACCAUCAGCGGAACGGUCGGCACGGAAACCAUCUCGGAUCUCGCAAACUACGAACCCCUGCCCGCCGAGCGGCAGGCCAUCAUGAGACGAUAUGCAAUCCACAAGGCAUUUAAAAGGAUGAGGGACGUCGGCCAUCUCACGGUGAAGGUGUUCAAGGCAAGAGACUUAGCUGCCGCCGACCUGGGAGGUAAGAGCGACCCGUUCUGUGUACUGGAACUUGUGAACGCCCGGUUGCAGACCCACACCGAGUACAAGACGCUAACGCCAGAGUGGAAUAAGAUCUUCACUUUCAAUGUCAAAGAUAUUCACUCGGUGCUUGAGGUCACGGUGUAUGACGAGGAUCGAAACAAGACUGUGGAAUUCUUGGGAAAAGUCGCCAUUCCUCUCCUACAAAUAAACAAUGGCGAGCGUAAAUGGUAUGCGCUGAAGGACAAGAAAAUGACGAGGAGAGUAAAGGGCGAGAUUCUCUUAGAGAUGGACUUUGUCUUUAACCCGGUGAAGGCCAGUGUGCGAACCUUCAAUCCAAAGGAGGAGAAGUACAUGUCGCAGGAGCCCAAGUUCAAGAAGAAGGUGUUCAUGACGAACGUUGCGCGCGUGCGACAGUUCGUGCUCACCUUCCUGCAUGCCGGCCGCUUCAUACAGAGCUGCUUCCAGUGGGAGUCCGUCCCUCGGAGCCUCACGGCCUUCCUUGUGUUUGUAGUCAUAGUGUACAACUUUGAGCUCUACAUGCUACCCGUGGCCUUACUGCUGGUGUUUCUACGCAACUACUUAGUGCUUCCAUCUGUGAAGGAACAGCAACGCUAUCUGGAGGGCCAGAUGGUGCCGCAGACAGCUGGCGAUGACGACGAGAGUGAUGAUGACAAGGACAAGGCACUAUCAUUUCUCGACUUUUCUUACUUGGACAUGUUUGAUUUUGUCGUCUAUGACACAGUCGAAUUAAUAGAAAUGGUGACCGUCGGGUGCAAUCCCGAGAAGCGCAUAUUGCUCGAGGAAGAGCGAAAGAGCUUCAAGGAGCGUCUUCAGGCAGUACAGGACGUGUGCCUGACUGUACAGAAUGCUCUGGGCUACAUCGCUUCGCAUGGAGAAAGUGUAAAAAACACAUUCAAUUUUACCUCACCAUUCCUGUCCUACCUGUUGAUCUGUGUGCUGUGUGUGGGAACAGUGGUGCUCUACUUCAUACCAUUACGCUGGAUCAUCAUGGCCUGGGGUAUUAAUAAGUUCACCAAACAACUACGAUCGCCAAACGCCAUUCCAAACAAUGAACUAUUGGACUACUUGUCUAGAGUUCCAGAUGAUCAGGAGGUGAUGAUGUAUGCCCAGCUCACUCCUGAACCUCAUUCACCCUUGCUGGCAAAGAAGAAGAAGAGCCAGUGAAAGAAGUAGUGCUGCCAUCUACUGAGCAAAAGUUGGUUAUCCAAACGCAAUGGUUACUAUUCGAGUCGCCCCUAUGCUGGUGUUCUUUCAGCCGCAGAAUUGCCCAGUUGUUUGCUGCCACGCCAACUCUUUAGUUAAGCACAGGGAGUCGUUAAUGGUAGUGCCUCCUCGCUUCUUCGAUCGUGUGAAUUGCCCGUAUCAUGGUACACUACAACGCAUGUUGUGGUUUAGGGUAGGAACAGCCUGUCUGCGGAAAAGCGACAUGCCGCGACAAGCAACAGAAGGGUUGUUCCCCACUAACGAUUUGGAUUCCUGGUAAAUGGUUCGGAAAGUAACUCGCAAUUCGUUCCAAGUUUCCAGGUUUUCGUGCCAAUGCAUAUGCUUUUGCAGCAAAGUGCAGCCCCAUACAAACCUCGUAUGCGUAUGCUAUAUAAUGUUUUUGACAACUGCUAUUUUGUUGUCGUAAGGUGGUAGGGAACAUCUAUCUAUUGCUCUCAACUUCAAUGAUCAUGAUGCUUUGUGGAAGCAGGCUUUUACGCCUCUUUCGCAAUAUAUUAUAAGGGGACUUGAUGCAUCGGUCUCGAUAUUGUUGCUAACAGUUAUCACUUGCGGUUGCAAGAAUAUACAUUGGUUGACACGUGUGACAAUUCAUCAUUGUAGUUAGUGUGGCCGUUUAUAUCUGGGUUUACUACACACUUGUUUUGAUACGGGGAGAAGGGGGUAUCAAGAAUCCGGUUCGAUCCGCAGCAGAUAAAAGCGCGCAAAUAAAUGUUAGAUUAUUUAUAGUCGGGAGUGUCCGCUUCGAAAUCCGCACCUGCCACGCAGCAGGGGAGUGUCCUGCUUUUUCUGGGCUUAAUAACAUAUGGUCAUGAGUGAAUAAUAAUAGAUUCCUUUGAUAUUAGAUAUUAUUGUAUCUAUGUUAUUAAUAGACUCUAUUAGUAUUCACUCCUGAUAUGGUCAUGCUGUCAGCUGCUUAUACCGCGCUUUCGGGCCGAGUAUUGUUUUACAAAACUGUGAUCUACGUGUACCUGAGUAAGUUCGCAUGUCUCUUUAUUAUGUUAUCCCGUGCUAUGGUCAUCAGCUUUUUGUCUUAAAAGGCUGUUUGCUAGUUGUGAUAAGUGCCUGCGCGAAUUAAAUAAUGAAUUCGGGCCCGUUGACUAUCUUCUUCUAAUGUUGAGUUCAAUCACCGCAGUGCAGGGUUGAUAAUGAGAGUAGUUAUUGUGGCAUGAAGGCGACCGGAAGAACAUGUAAUAUACAAGUCAUUUCUCUGCGUAUGUUUUGAUCUACUGAUGUAAUAUACAGCCAUGAUUAUAGCAAUUGCGCAAAAUAUCCGGCAGCGUGUUACAGUCAUUCCAGGUAGCAAAUCGCCAAUCAUAUCUUGCAUCAGCGUUUGCGGGUGUAUGAGCAUGUCAAACAGCAGUGUCAGUGGAUGUCCAGACCGCUUUCCCAGUUUUAACUCUACACUCUCGAGGUAUUUAUGUAUCGCAAAGAACAGUAUCUGCUGGAGUGUAGGCAUGUCCUGUGUUUGAUGUAUCUAAUGCAGUUCGAACGAAGUCGCUGCCGAUGUCCAAACUACGUGUCCACUUUUAUUUGUAUACGCUAGAUUUUUUAUGUAUUACAGAUUAUAAUAGUGUGUGAAUUGUUGAGAAGCAGAUUAAUUUUUGAUUAAUUUCACCAAAGUAUUUUGUGGAAUCUACAUUCCUCUAUGGACAAAUUUAUAGAGUGAUCCUAGGGCGUUGCUUAAGAGUAGAGGCUUUCAUUUAUGAUUUUAGAUUGUAUACGGAAUCGAUGCAAAUAUGUAGGAGCGCGAGUUACUUUGAUUUUAUGGUUUUCCAAUAUUUCCUUCUGUAUUACAUAAUGUUAUGAAAAUAGGUCUGUGAUUUCCUGGGGAUCUAUGAGCUCAUUUUAGUGUAAAACGUAGUUAUCUGUCAAAAUAUAUCGUGUUUGUGUGUGAGAGUGCGUGCGUGCGUGCGUGCGUGCGUGCGUGCGUGAAUUUGCAUUUAGUGGUGAUAGGAUGGUAUAUAUGGUAAGUUCAUUAAUAUUGUUAGAAAUUGCUAGGCAAUUUAUUUGGUUUCUUAUGGUUCGCCGAUUUUAUUGUUAUCGUUCUCUAACAUAUAUUAAACCUUAUAUACUUGUAA